CCCCGCCAGUGUUCCCGUAAUCCUGUUCUUCUCGUACUUCUCCUGGCUGGGCUGGCAGAUGUUUGUAAACAACUAGUGUGCAUCAAGCAGGAUAAAUAUGGACUUAACGAGAUGUACUCUGGAAAAGCAAGGUGCCGAGGCCAGACUUUAUUCUGGAAUAUUCCUUGACCAGGAGGUUAUGGUCAAGGAAAGAUUCAGCAAGAAAUACCGGCAUCCUGCGCUUGAUGCCGCGCUUACUAAGGAUCGACAUAGAGCAGAAUGUCGGGCAUUGCUCAAAUGCAAGGGACUGGGUGUACCAGUACCCACGAUGUUCUUGUGUGAUAACGAAACCAAUAUUAUCGUUAUGGAGAGAUUAAUCAACACUAAAACAGCCAGGCACCUCAUUAAGAAAACUCAUCAUUUCUCAUUCAAGGAAUACUACUUGAUGAUUCGAUUCAGGGAUUGCAUUAAUAAAAUGUUGGAUGAGAAGGAUGAAGCUAGUUUAGAAAAAAUUGCCUCUGAUAUUGGAACAAUGGUGGCUAAACUGCACGCCGGAGGUCUCAUUCACGGAGAUAUAACCACCUCUAAUAUUAUGGUUCACGCUCAGGGAAACCUUUUUUUCAUUGAUUUUGGUCUCAGUUUUCAAGACGGUGUAGCCGAGGAUAAAGGAGUGGAUCUAUAUGUCCUGGAACGAGCUUUUAUCAGUACACAUCCAAAUACGGAGGAACUGUUCCAAACUGUUCUGACGGCCUACACCAAAGCUGUCGGUAGCCAGGCGUCAGAAAUAUUGAAGAAGUUUGAAGAAAUCCGCCAACGUGGCCGAAAACGAACUAUGCUGGGAUAGCUGUACACUUGAUUGAUUUUUUUCAGAA